GCUACAGUGAGGCUUUACUCGUGUGCAUGGAUUUCGCGGCGCUGUCGGAAGACAAGAAAGUUCUACACCUCAGCUCAAACUAGUACCAUCUGCAGUCUUUGAAAAUUCACCAUGGAAUCUAGCAGUGACGAAGACGUCGACAUGGCUGCAAAUGAAAGCUUUGAGGAGGACUGGGAUACCUUCAUCACUCGUCCUGCAGACAAUGCCCACUCCUCCAAGAAUUCCUAUCUAAAAAUCGCCAUAGUCGUGGCCAAAGUUCUGUCCUACAUUCUCUUCUUCCUCGCCGUCCUGGGUUCCGCCAUCGGAAGCAAGAUGGCGCUCAUCAUCCUCGCUUCCAACACGAUGCAUCACGGGAACGAUACCGCAACGCACGCCGGGAACAGUACGUUACGACUGUGUACGAACUUGACCUGUGGCACGAACGGGUCAACUUUGGCGACUUUGGCAAGCCCGAUUGUACAAAGUGGGUUACAGAACAUUGCGAAUGAAGCCGGGAAAGCUGAGAGAGCGAAGUACAUGCUGAUGUUGAUGGGGACGAUUCUUGUACCGGAAGUCAUGACGGUGUUACGUAACAUCGUUCGGAUCAUCUUCAGCAAAAUGAAGGGCCCUUCUUGGGGAGUUCUGUGGAAGGUUUGUCUCAUCGAGGCUCUCUCAACAUCCGGGAUAUGCAUCUUCGUCCUCCGCGUUCUCCCCAGAUCAAACUUCAUUUUCUCCCUACUGCUGAUGAACGGGGUCUGCUUCGUGCCCGCCAUCUUGAAAAUCCACGCCACCAUCGUUCGAAAGGACAUAAAGUCAGGUCGCAGAGAGAUCAUGUUGUUUCUUGACGUUAUGUCUUGGCUGAUGCAGACCAGUGCACUUUGCUUACUCCCUGCACAACCAUUUGGUCAUUACAAUGGUCCAACAUGGGAAGUAACAUUAUCAUUGUUUCUGAUAUCUUUCCGUUGGUGGGAAACAUUCGCAGGGGCUGACAUAGUCUUCCCUUUCUUUUUCAACGUUCCCCUCUACAAGCUUAAAGUCGGGCUCUCUGAAGUAAGAUGCAAAACAUACAUCUAUGCAGGAAUUAUGAACAUAGUAAUUAUUGGUUUGGUCACAUUUCUGAUUUUGGCAUCAUCAGAAGAUAUCACCCUUGACAAAAUUUUAGCACCAGUGAAACUUGAGUGGGACGAAGAGAAUUAUUUUAUCCAAAUAUCUCUGCUUUUCUUUGUUCAACUAGUUACGUCAGCGACAUGUUUCUUGUUCUCUCGUCUGUCAUGUAUGACGUGUAUCCACAGGGUGGGGUUCGCUCUUCCACUUUGCCUCGCCACCCCCGCUACAAUGGCCAUGUUUGUCAUAGACUGCCAGUGGCGUAACGUCUUUAAAUUCAACAGCCUGAACAUUUGGGAGUGUGACGUAGAUUUGAAACAAAGUUGGCGGGAAAUCAUCAUUGGAAUCGUGUUGUGGUGGCUUUCUCAACUCUGGAUAUCGUCCCACAUUUGGUUCCGCUCAAAUCAUCGGUUCGCGCCAACCAGCAAGAUGUUCGUUCGCCCGAUGUAUUGUGGGGCAUUGGUGGAGCAGUGCCUCAUGCUUAACCGGAAGUCGAAGGACGAAAACGAGGCUAGGACCGGAAGUAACGUCACGAAGAUCGUGACAGAUGUGGUGGCAGCACCUGUGGACUCGCUCAUCUACCUGUGCGCGACGAUGUGGCAUGAGACUGAAGAGGAGAUGGUACAGAUACUGAAGUCUAUUUGCAGAAUGGAUUUGGACCAGGCAAGUCAAGCAAGCGCUCCCGACAUGCAGCGCGACAACUACCGGUGCGAGACCCACAUCCUGUUCGAUGACGCAAUGGACCUGAGGGAUGAUGGGAAACUUGUCGUGAACGACUUCGUCCGACAGCUCUGCAGACUGGUGCCCACAGCCGCCAAUGCUGUACGAGACAGAGGUGAUCAGGUGACCGUGCCUGACCCCACCGUGACCCCGACCCCCUACGGAGGUCAGCUGGUGUGGAGGCUGCCGGGAGGUCACGUGAUGGUGGCGCAUCUCAAGGACAAGAUGCGGAUACGUCAUCGGAAACGGUGGAGCCAGGUCAUGUACAUGUAUCAUCUCCUUGGGUGGUCGUUAAAACAACAAUGGUCGGCUCGGAUAAAAGCAGAGAAGGACCCGUUGAUAAAACUCCGGUUGGAGACCCUGUACAAACUCCGGUGCGAUAACACGUACAUCCUGGCACUUGACGGUGACGUAGACUUCCAGCCGUCAGCCGUGCAGCUAUUGGUGGAUCUGAUGAAGAGGAACCCACAAGUCGGCGCGGCCUGCGGAAGGAUACACCCGAUCGGGUCAGGUCCCCUGAUCUGGUACCAGAUGUUUGAGUACGCUAUCGGGCACUGGUUCCAGAAGACAGCGGAGCACGUGUUGGGGUGCGUGCUGUGCAGUCCGGGGUGUUUCAGCCUGUUCCGCGCUACCGCCAUCAUGGAUGACAACGUCAUGCACAAGUACACCACCAAGCCGACUGAGGCCAAGCACUUCGUACAGUAUGAUCAAGGAGAGGACAGAUGGCUGUGCACGUUAAUGUUACAGCAGGGCUGGCGGGUUGAGUAUUCUGCAGCUUCUGAUGCCUUCACGUACGCACCGGAGGGGUUCAAGAUGGCCAUGAUGAUAUCGUCUGUACUCGGUCCCGCCACGGUGUGCAUGAUGAUCGCAGGGGCGCUGACGUACGCCUUCAAAUGGGACAACGUCACAGCCAUGGCCGUCUCAGUCGCGCCCCCUGUCGGAUUCAUCAUACUCUGCUUCGUCGUCAAACCUGAUACUCAGAUCAACGUCGCCGCCAUCCUGAGCGCCAUGUACUCGUGUGUGAUGAUGGCUGUGGUGGUGGGGAUUGCAGGCCAGAUCACGGUGGAGGGUCCCCUCAGUCCCGUGGCCCUCUUCACGUUCCUCAUGUGCGGGCUGUUCCUCAUAGCGGCCAUCAUCCACCCACAGGAGUUCUGGAACAUCGCGUGCGGCGCGCUGUACCUGCUGUGUGUGCCGUCUGGCUACCUGCUGCUCAUCAUCUACUCUCUCUGCAACAUGAACAUCGUCAGCUGGGGAACAAGGGAGGUAAAGAAGAAAGGCAGCACGAAGAAAGCAGCCGGCGGACCGCAGCCCAAGACAGCGAAAGAACGGUUCAUGCAGCUAUUUAAGGGUGGAGACGACGAUGACUCUGGUUAUCUGUGCGGCUGCGGAAACUUGUUCAAGUGUGAGAUGUGCCCCAGAAGUAAGCGCCAGGAUGACUACCUUCCUCUGGUGGAGGCGUUAGACAAGGUGUACAGCCGUGCUGCCAGCCGGACCGUGAGCAGACUGAGCGUCAGCAGGGCAGCCAGCAGGGCGGGCAGCAGCAGGGCAGGCAGCAGGCGGUCUGUCAGGAGGGUCAGCUUUUCCGGAGACAACGACCUGUCCUCCGACAUAGAGGAGGAACUCAUCAUGGACGACAUCUUCCAGGAGGAACUGCUCAAGGAGGAAGAGCGGCCGCUGGCAGAUGAGGAGCCUGAAAUCGACCAGGACUACUGGCUGACGGAGGACGUGUUCGCCAGCUGCCCUGUACAACACCUGGACGAAGGCGAGGCCAAGUUCUGGAGGACCCUCAUCGCCAAGUACCUACAUCCUCUGGACGAGGAUAAACAAGAGCAGGAGAGAAUUGCUGGGGAACUCAAGUCUCUGAGAAACAAAGUGACGUUUGGGUUCUUCAUGCUGAACGCCCUGUGGAUGAUCGUGACGUUUGUGCUGCAGAUCAACACUAAGGACCUGUACGUACCGUAUAAACUACCGGACGGUACCGAACUCAAGGUCGAGGCGCUUGGCCUGGCUUUCCUGACUUUCUUCAUUAUAGUCCUGGUCAUCCAGUUUGUGUCCAUGGUUUUCCACAGGUUCUCCACGUUAAUUCACAUCCUAGCAGCCACCGAGUUAUCCUGUUGUCGUAAAAAGAAAGCGCCUCGCCGUAGGGUAAAGCGGAUCAGCGUCCCAACCAUCAAUGUGGACGAAGCGGCGUCCCAAUUGGCUGACGACAUCUCCCAGCAGCCAAUCGUAAGAAAGAUAACAGUUUCUCCGGCUCCCGCCAGACGGGGGUCUCAUCAGACCAAUCGCAGGCCAGUCUCGUCCGGUCGCAGACUCUCGCGAGAGCAGGGUUCUCGUCACCAGUUCGCGUCGGGUCGCAGACUCUCGCGAGAGCAGGGUUUCCGUCACCAGUUCUCGUCGGGACGCAGACUCUCGCGAGAUCAGAUGACGAGAAACAACGCCCAGCAACCAAGAGGGCUUAGCAACCGGCGAAGAUCAAGGCGCGAGUCCAACUUCGGGCGUAGCAGCAGGAAUAAGAGGCGUUCAUCAUCUCUAGUCUCUGCAAACAGGCCGUCUUCCCGAAGCGGAGGGAUACAUAAUCUCUCCCAGUCACUGUUAUCCGUCCGUCCUGGUCACAGUUAUCCUGGAGUGCAAAGAAACACUGGCAGAAAGGAAAGACAAGAGCCUACAGAAGGUUAUCAAGGAGCCUCGAUGAAUGCUAGUCUUCCCCAAAUUUUGGUUGUUGACCAUUUUGACGUCCUGAACGAACGUGAUUCAAGAUCGGCAAUAUCUGACGAAGAACCAGCGACAAAACCAACAGUAGUAACUGCCCACAUCUCACAGACUAACGGCAAUGCAAACGAACCAAAGAGCACAGACAUGGAAAAGUCAUUCCUGCCUAUACAGAAGACCGAGUGGAAUGACAACUUACACCGUGAGGUGCCGACAACUAUCCAGAGACCGGAGAACAUGCACGAUUCAAGAUCAACCAUCUCCUCCGCCAGCCCGCUACCAGAAUACAUCGACGACGCUGAAGUCAUCAUAAAAGAGGACGAAAUACCUGCCAACCGUCUUAACCCAGACCAUGCCACUAAUAAAGGACAGAGGAGGAUCUUGAGUGAAUCUGAGGCGAUUCAGUCGGGUUCUGAAAGUGACGAUGACGACUGGGAUUGGACGGUUCCUCGUCGUGACAACUUAGGACAAGUUUUACCCGGUUCUUCUGAAGGAAGCGACGUCAAAACAGCGUCACAGAUGCAGAGUAGAGGUUUGAGGAGAGGGGGUGCGAGGGGUGAGGCUGGCACAGUUUCAGGAAGAAACACAAAUCCACUUAGGAUAAUCAAAAGAAAAGUCUUCGAGCGCAAAUCUAGACGACCUAGAAGAAACGUUAAACUGUGAUCUGCCAGUUGUUGCAGGUCUGCAGGAUGGAAGUACUUUUAAUUAACCAAUUAUCAAUAUAUAUCCAAUACAAUUUCAAGGCAGCAAAGCAAGCAAAAAUAUUCUAGAUGAGGAAAUCAGAUUAUAAAUCAUUAUUUACAGCACCAAAAAUGUAUAUCAAGUUUACUGGCUAUGACUCUAUUCCACGAUAUCGGGUGUCUCUUCUAGUUUCUUACAGUUUAACAUAUCACCAUAAACAAUAUAAAAAGGCAGAUUACCAAGAUCUCUUGGAGUCAUCA